CGGACGUGGAAUUGUUGCUCAGCUUGUCGCCAUGCCUUCCCUUCUACAAGCGGGCAUGUCCGAGUUUCGGACCAUCUUUGGAAUGUCCUCCUCCAGCAGAGGUGACAGACCAGGACCUCCGCCUCCGUUUCCAGAUGUACAACAGGGGAGCGGCGGUGUGCCGGUGUGGGUGUCGAUUGAUCCACGCAGCGGAGAAUUGAGUGCGUACCCGCAAGCUGCUGUGCACAAGCUGGAGCAUGCCUACGCAAGACACAGCAGGGAGGUGCGCCUUGCCGGGCUGGGCCUGGGCCCAGUCUACGAGACGCUUAUCGUGGACUUCCACGGGGAACGACCGGUGCAGAAGCGGGAGGGCGGCGGGAAGCGAGACGUGCGGCGCUUUGUCGUGGACCCGAGUGCCCCUCCCCAGGUCACCGUGCACGUGGUCCGGGAGCGCGGCUGGCGCAUCAGCGACAUAGCUGUGCCGGGCGUCACCGAGGAGCGUGUCGUAAUGCUGGACGCCCCUCCCCCUCCACCUCCGUUGCCUCCGCCAGAUCGGCAUUUCCUAGGCACCUUUCGACAUCCGAGUCCGGAGGAUCUGCAGGAAAGGGCGGCAAAUCUUGAAGCCGACGAUGCUGCAGAGCUCGUUGGGCUCUGGGAAUGGUGCCGGGUGGCGGAGGCGCACGGUCCCAGCCAGUUGUCAGAUGAGGAUUGGGCUGCGUACAGCGCUGCCAACAACACCGAGAUAGAAGCAGCUUUCCGGGAUCAGGCUGUGAAAGUUCAGAUCACCAUUGGUAUUCGCAGCUACGACGUCCUUUUUGAGGGGUCACUUGCUGGCGGCAAGCAGGUUGAUACCAAGCAGAAGAAACGUCGCUUGGUCCGGCGCAGAGCUGUGACCGCCGCGGUGCGAGAGGCAUGCUUGCAAGGGGCGGAAUCUGCAGUGCAGGAGGCUUUGCGUCAGGAUCCAUCCUUGGCGGACGCGGAGUGCGUCAUUUGCGCAGAGGCUUUUGCAGACACGUUUGCCAUGCCCGUGGUGCAGCUUCCCUGUGGGCACAAGUUCCACGGGGCCUGUGCUCAGUCACUUGCGGACCGGAGGAAGACUUGUCCGUACUGCCGCGCGGAGGUGGAUUGGAAGCAAGUGAGGGAAGUGCACAUGUUUGGGGGUGAGUCCAACCUUGGAGUGUGACCAGCUACGAGCAUUUAAGCUUAGGAGCGCCGGUGACUGCCAAAGGCAUGUCCGAGCCAGAUUGGGCACUUCGUCCGCAAAAGAUCCUUUUUUUGAC